UCCGUCGCCCACAGUCCCCACGCGCCUCUUUCUCUCUCUCUCUCUCUGAAGGAAGAAGGAGGAGAAAUCGGCCAUGGCGAGGCUUUCGCAGCUAAGCGUGCCGCUCCAAGUGGCGGCGGCAGCGGUCGCUGGCUUCGCCGGAGUCACGAUCAUCUUCCUUUUGCUCUUCUUCCUAUGCUCCGGCAGGAAGAAGGCCGCCGGUUCCCGGAACCUGCAGGCGCAGUCGGCCUCGGAAUUCAGCAGCAUCGCCUACCUCGGGCGGUCCCUCCACCGGAUAUCGAUGCCAGAGCUGAUCGCCGCCACGAACAACUUCGAUAACUCCGCCGUCGUCGGCGACGGGAGCUUCGGCCUCGUCUACAAGGGCAAGCUCGCCGACGGCCAACUCGUCGCCGUUAAAAAGCUCAACACGGAUGCUUUCCAGGGCCUCCGGGAAUUUGAAGCCGAGAUGGAAACACUGGGCAGAGUCAGCCAUGAAAACAUUGUCAAGAUCCUCGGCUACUGCAAGUCCAGCGGUGACCGAAUCCUUGUCUACGAAUACGUCGCCAAUGGCUGCCUCGACCAGUGGCUCCACGGCGAUCCACCCACUCCAGUCUCUACCAGACUCACUUGGCCCAUCAGGGUCAAUCUCAUCAGGGGUGUGGCGGCGGGGCUAGCCUACCUGCACGACGGCUGCCGGCCGAAGAUCAUACACCGCGACAUCAAGGCCAGCAACGUUCUUCUCGACGAGGAAUUCCAAGCCCAUAUCGCCGAUUUCGGCUUGGCUCGGAGGGUCGACAACCCGAGCCACUCCCACGUCUCGACCCAAGUCGCCGGGACCAUGGGCUACAUGCCGCCGGAGUACAAGGACGGUCUCCGGGCUACGACGAAAGGCGACGUGUACAGCUUUGGAGUGCUCAUGCUCGAAGUGGCCACGGGCAGGAGGCCCAACCUUGCAGUGGAGGAGAAGGAGAACGGAACGGUGAGGCAGGUCUGGCUCGUCGACUGGGCCCGUCAGCUGGUGGGUCAAGGCAGGGAGAUGGAAGCCGUUGACCAGACUCUAACAGAGGAUGGGCUCGAGCCACCUAGUGUCAAAGAGUUCUUCAGGAUAGCCUGCUCGUGUAUCACUGAUAACCCUGGCGAGAGACCUCUAAUGGCUGACGUUGUGUCUAUGCUUGAUCCUUUGUGAUCUAACGUGCCACUUCAGGCACCCUAUAGUCUCCAUACAAAAGCAUGUUUGAUUGUAUUUAGCAACUUCAACACGAAAAUAAUUAAUCUAAUAAAGAAGCAGUACGUUUAUGAA